CCCUUCCCGCCUUUAUUCGGCCUCGCAUCUGCCGAGGUGCAGUCAACCAGCCGUGGCAUGGAGAACUACGACCGUGGCCGUCACGCCGGCGGCGGUUAUCGAACGCUGGGAGAUGGAUUGCAUCUAGGCUCAAAUCGUUAUCCUAGCGACAACGACCAGAUUGGCGAACAGAUUAGAAAACGGCGAUUCGAAGACGACGCGGGCGAUCGACGAGCGCGUUUGAUUAACUCCGGAGAUGACAAUGCGUCAAAUCUGCAACGGUCCGACCGUCGCGACGACCGUCACGGCGAACGAAGGCUGGACGAAAACGGUUGUAGUGAUUGGGUGCGACGAAGUAGGUUCUACGAUAAUGAGGCGUACGAUUGCGGAGGUGAUUGCUCUGACCGCCGAACACCUGCAUCGUACGAAGACUCUGCCAGCAAGAGGAACACUUAUCGUUGGGAGAAUCAGGAUCGACAACGAUCGGGGCUAAGUGUCGAAGAACGAGAUAAUGUGCGUGAUUGGAGGCAAGGGAUUGGCAGAUAUGAGUACCACGGCUCGUACGUUCCGGACAUUGACUGUCUGUACGAUAAUGGGGGACGCGAUCCGUACCGGCCGACGCAACAUCUGCGGGAGUCUCGCGUGUUGCUUGGGCAAGAUGGGCGCCGGAGCUUAGAUGGAAGUGGACGUUGUUUGGACCAGUUUUUGGAGCAGAGCAGCAUUCGUUUGGAUCAUCGCGAGGAUCGAAGGAACGGAAGGAUGAGUGUCGGGCAGAACUGCGAGCCGGUGGAAACUGACGUGCACCAUCGAUUCGAUCGACACGGUAGGAGGCGAGGUGACCACCAAUAUCUUGAGCAACGGGGUGAUUAUUCGGAUUCCCACCUGAGCUGCCGUAUGGAUCCGCGUAACGGUGUUCUGAAUGACGGACAACACUUUGAGCGACAGGGUGAUUGCCACGCAUGCAACUCGGAUCGUCACUUGGAUCCCGUUUAUAAUCUGGAGGAGCUUCGGCACUGGUACGCCGACGAACAUCACGUUUCGGAAGGUAUGCACUAUUCGGAUCGACGCUUGUCUAAUGGUUCGAAUCGUCGCACGGACGACCAGCAGGAUCGGCACGUCGGACAGCAUGCUUCGUCGAGCGAGCCGGGACGAGCAGACGACAACCACAUCGAUCGUGACCAACGAGUAACGAGAGAUCCAUUCUGGAGUACAGAUCGACGAGACAAUCGCAGACUUUCGCAGGAAGCGGCAGUUUCGGCAGUCGACCCCGCGUGUCGCAAACCGUCGUGGAACGAUGCAUGUCAACGCAGGAACCUACCGGAGCUCCCGCUCUCUGCGAUGAAAGCAGGCGAUGACAAGCAGAUGUCAUCGGACUACAGGAGGGGAAAGCGAGCCCCACUGACACUGUCCACGUUUUGUCCGUCUGGACAGGACAGUGGCGUCUGGCUCGAGUUCCCAGACCGCAGUAAGACUAGUCUCGAUGCGCCGCACAAGAGAAGAAUGUUUUCAAUGUCGACGAUGGGCUCCCAAAAGUUUACGACUAUGAGGGACGCACGGAAGAUCGGGCAGAUGAUGGGCAUGGCGGAAGACGAAGUGGACGCGGAACGUCGGGACAAGUCGGAUGUGGUGGAAGAAUAUGGCGGAAGAGUCACUCGUGGGCAGUGGGCGAAGAGGAACCAGCUAGAGAAGACGCCACGCCAGCCUGGAGACCAGUUUGACACGUGGGACUUCAAGAGCAUGAAGGCGAUGAAGAAGGCAUCCGAAAUGAGCAAGGACAUCACCGGCUGGCUUUCCAUGUGGUCAAGCUCACUCAAGACCAUCGAAGGGCACUUUGGUACGGGCGUGGCAUCAUACUUCCUGUUCCUGCGGUGGCUGCUCCUGCUCAACAUGCUCAUGUUCCUCAUGCCGGCACUCCUCGUCAUCGUCCCGCACUGGGUCUUCCCCACGAUGCCUCGGAGCGAACUCGCCGCUGCCAACUCGAGCACGCCGGAUGCGUUGCCGCUGCCGUCGCCCAUGGCGCAUUCGGCUGUCGCCUUCACCACUUCCUUCCCGUUUUCGACGGUGACUGCUCUUCCCUCGGAGUCUGAGCCGUCCGUCAAGAACCGGACGCUGCAGCUGGUGCAGGAGUGCUACGAGUCGUACCACAAGCGCGUCUCGGGUCAGACCAAGGAGGGCAUCUCCCAGCUGCAGGACUUCCUCCAGGGCACUGGCUGGAUGGAGCUGACAGCGCUGUUUGUGGGCCGCUACCUCAACUCGGUGGACCAUGUGCCAGGCACCACGCUCUCGUACAACUUCCCGCUGGCUUACGUCCUGGCCAACGUUGGAUGCUUCCUCCUCUGCCUGCUCCUCAUGGUCCAGUACACCCGGAAAGGUGUACGUGAGGCGCUGCUGUUGUCGGAGGGCAAGUUGCACCGCUACUGCAACUUGGUGUUUGCCUCCUGGGAUUUCUGCAUUACGGACCAGAGGACCGCACGUCUCAAGCACAUCAGCAUCAUACAGGAACUGAAGAGCGACCUGGCGGAAGAGCGCCGCAACAUGGAGAUAGCGCGAUGGUCGCGGGGCAAGGAGGUGGGCCUCUUUGUGGUUCGCCUGGUCGCAAACGUCGUGGUGGUGGCCGUGGUGGCGGCAUCCCUGCUGGCUGUCUACCAGGCCACCAGCUUCUCCUUUGAGAAGCAGUCGCAGGAGCAGCACGAGGAGGGCGCCUUUGCCCUGGUGGUGCAGUUUGUGCCCUCCCUGGUCAUCACGGGCCUGAACCUGGUGGUGCCCCUGCUCUUCUCCCUCCUCAUUCGCUACGAGAACUACUCCGUGGGCUUCCAGGUCAAGCUCAACCUGCUCAGGACAGUGUUCCUGCGCUUCACGUCCAUCUUUGUGCUGCUGCUGUCGCUGGAUCGGCAGAUCAACUGUCCGUCCUCGUCAAACCAGUCACCCUGCCUCGAGGGCAAAGAUGAGUCCUGCAAGAAGCCCCUGUGCUGGGAGACAGCCGUGGGGCAGCAGAUCUACAAGCUGACCAUCCUGGACUUCCUGGUCAGCGUCGCGCUCGUCUUUGUCCUCGAGUGCCCCAGAAAGUUUCUGGUGACGAGGUUUGACUGCAGGCUGACGCGACUGAUCGGACAGCAAGAAUUCAACAUUCCAAACCGUGUCCUGGAUCUGGUUUACUCACAGACUCUUUGCUGGUUGGGCACAUUCUACUGCCCGUUGUUGCCGGCCAUCAGCAUUAUCAAGUACUUCAUCAUCUUCUAUGUGCAGAAGUUCACCCUGAUGCACAACAGCCAGCCGUCCCAGACGCCAUACCGGGCUUCACGGUCCAACACGUUCUUCGUCGUGGUCCUCCUCAUGGCCCUGUUCCUUGCCGUCAUGCCGUUUGCCUACGCCCUCGUGGAGAUUCCUCCGUCGUUGGCGUGCGGUCCGUUCCAGCGGUUUGGGGCCACCUGGGACGUGGUGCGGUUCACGGUGCGCUCCUGGGGUUGGCCCCUGGUGGACAUCGUCAACUUCUUCACCAGCGUCGCCUUUGCUGUUCCUGCCGUGGUGGUCCUGGCGAUCACCGUGUACUACUACUGGUCCGUGUCGGCAGCCCACGUUCACAUGGAAAAGGCACUCAAGGACAAGCUCGUGCUUGAAGGAAAGGACAAGCAGUUCCUCCUGGCGAGGAUCACAGAAGUGGCACGGCAGCAAACUGUGCCACAUCCGUCCUAGAGGGGGUCAUCUCGCGCAUUGCGGAACAUUGCAUGCGUGUUUAUUUAUUUGCAUCUUGACGCACUGCCAGCUCGGCGUUGUAUAGACGUUUUCGGAUGUGGAUCUCCUCAUAGACUGCCUAACGAAAAAGGUCUAAAGCCGUAUCCGAACGCCAUAGUGGCAGGGCCACAAGAGGAUGCUCUCAUCUGCUAGCUUGGUUUUCGUUGUGUAAAUCUCGCAGCUCAAUGGUUGCGUUUCAGGGAGUCAUUGCAGUUGUGCAGUGUCGGCUCAGUUUUUGUACGAACACGAACCCUUGUGUAUUUGUGGCUGUUCCCACAUGUUGUGUGUAAGGAUAUUGACAAAGGGAGUGCCUUAGGUUGUGCUUGUUCGGUUAUAAAUGCCAACAUUCGUGUGAACCAGUGCUUUGUAAGAUAAAGCCUGUUUAAACAUUCUUCUAAAAUGUUGGUGUACUAACUGGAUCUUACUAGAGUGCUAUUGUGCUUGUGCACAUAGCCCACAGUGCCCCAUCUUGUCUGCUACCAGGGAUUAAGUUCCCCCUUUAAAAACUAUUUCCCUCAUCGAGUCUUUCUUUUGGGGAUUAUUUCCAACAUAUAGGGAUCAUGUCCCUCCCCUGGGGAUUGUCCUUCCUCUCUCCUUCACUCUUCUCUCCCAAAUACUCUCCACCUCUAAGUGGAGAGUGUGCUCUGAUUGGCUGAGCUUUGUCCUUCUCUCCUAGUCUCUUCUUUCCCUCCUUUGCUACCCUCACUCUUUGGGAGAGGGGAGUAUUCUAUAAUGGUCUUCUGCCUUGCAGAAAAAUGGUUUUACUUGUCUACCACUUUUUGGGGCACUGAAGACUGUACCUGUGUCUUGCACUUCGGAACAAUCCAAGUGUGAACAAGUGAGCUAAGAAAAUGAUUUGAUUUAUAAAAAUGGAGUGACUAAAUAUUAUACAUUCAUUUUGUUUUUAAGUUGUGUUGAACAACAUUCACCACAUGUAGAGCAAUACCACUCAAAGGCCUUGCCAUAAAGCAACUGCCACAUUGUUAACAGGAGAUGUUGCGAAAAAGAAGAGAAAUAAAAAUAAUAAGUAGAUGUAGAUACA